AUGAUCCCAAGGCUUUUUCUUGUCGACUGCAAGUGCCCGUUGCGACUCGACACGCGGGCCAUGCUCGAGUCGCCGCUAUCCGCGGUGUCAGCUGCAUCGGCUGCUGUUCCUGGUCUUCUCGCGGAAACCGGGAUGUUCCGAUCCGCGUUGCACGUGUCAGCACGGCAGCUCCGGACCGCAAUUGGUGGAACUGCUCGGCUUUCUAGCAGCCACGUCGGCAGGCUCUCCCUUCCAGCCUCCGUCCUUCCGUUAUCCGCCACCCGCCUCCCCCUGCACCCGCUUCCGCUCCUCUCCCGCACCUCUCCUUCCGCUCUAUCCGCCUCCGCGAGUCGUUUUUCCUCCCCCGCGUCCCCGCCGUACGGGGCAGCUCGGGCGCGGAGCGUCGCCGCCGCCUCCGCAGCCGCGGAUGGGUCCGACGCUGCGCCGUCAGUGGCUGUCGCUGUUGACGAGGCGGAGAGCAGUGGCGGAGUCGUCGGUGUGACUGCAGAGGGGGGUGCUAAAGCGAAGGCGGGAAAGAAGGGCGCGCGGAAAGGGGGGAAUGGCACAGCGUCUGGCGAAGCUGCUGGUUCGGGGGGGGAGAGCGCGGGGGAGGAUGACGUGGAGGUGGAGCUGCCACGUGAGCCGCUGCCGACCAAUGAGAGCUCAGAGCAGCUGUUGCGGAUCAGACACACAUCUGCUCAUGUGAUGGCGAUGGCGGUGCAGCGCCUAUUCCCCAAGGCGCAGGUGACGAUCGGGCCGUGGAUUCAGAAUGGCUUCUACUACGACUUCGACCUCGACCAGCCGCUCACUGACAAGGACCUCAAGAAGAUCAAGAAGGAGAUGGACAAGAUCAUCUUCAAGAACCUGCCUCUGCGUCGCGAGGAGGUGUCGAGGGAGGAGGCAGAGCGGCGCAUCAAGGAGAUCAACGAGCCAUACAAGCUGGAACUGCUUGAUAGCAUCAAGACGGAGCCCAUCACCAUCUACCACAUUGGUGACGAGUGGUGGGACCUUUGCGCGGGCCCUCACGUUGAAAGCACGGGCAAGCUGCCGCGCAGGGCGAUAGAGCUGCAGUCAGUGGCAGGGGCGUACUGGCGGGGGGACGAGACGCGGGCCAUGCUGCAGCGCAUCUACGGCACGGCGUGGGAGAGCGAGGCACAGCUGCUGCAGUACCGGCAGCAGGUGGAGGAGGCAAAGAGGCGCGACCACCGCCGGUUGGGCAAGGAGCUCGGGCUGUUCUCCAUUCAGGAAGACGCAGGGGGGGGAUUGGUGUUCUGGCACCCGAGAGGGGCGAGGGUGAGGGCGAUGAUAGAGGAGCACUGGAGGAAGGAGCACCUGCGGCGGGGGUACGAGCUGCUGUACACGCCGCACAUGGCCAAGCUGGACCUCUGGAAGACCAGCGGCCACUACGAGUUCUACCGCGAAAACAUGUUUGACCAGAUGGAGGUAGAGGAGGAGCAUUACCAGAUUCGUCCCAUGAACUGCCCCUUCCACAUCAUGCUCUACAAUGACUCCUUGCACUCCUACCGUGACCUCCCUAUUAGGUGGGCAGAGCUAGGCACGGUGUACCGCUAUGAGCGCUCUGGCACCAUGCAUGGGCUUUUCCGCGUGCGAGGCUUCACCCAGGACGACGCGCACAUAUUCUGUCUGCCCUCUCAGAUCAGGGACGAGAUCCGUGGAGUGCUGGACCUCACAGAGGCGAUGCUGACGGACUUUGGUUUCCAGCAGCUGGAGAUCAACCUCUCCACUCGGCCUGACAAGUCUGUCGGGGAUGACUCUAUCUGGGAGCAGGCCACGCAGGCGCUGAGGGAGGCGCUGCAAGACAAGGGGUGGGAUUACACCGUGGAUGAGGGUGGAGGAGCGUUCUACGGGCCCAAGAUAGACGUGAAGAUUAUGGAUGCCAUUGGGCGCAAGUGGCAGUGCUCCACCAUCCAGGUGGACUUCAACCUGCCGCACCGGUUCAACAUGGUGUACGUGGAUGCUGACGGCACGCGCUGCCCGCCCAUCAUGAUCCACCGCGCCAUCUUCGGCUCACUGGAGCGCUUCUUUGGCAUCCUGAUUGAGAACUACGCGGGCGACUUCCCCCUCUGGUUUGCGCCCACCCAGCUGCGCCUACUGCCAGUCACAGACUCAGAGGUGCCCUUUUGCAAGGAAGUGUUGGCCACCUUAUUGGAGCGGGGCAUUCGUGCUGAGGUGGCGACUGGUGAGAGGCUGGGCAAGCUGAUCCGCAAUGCAGAGACUCAGAAGAUUCCAGUGAUGGCUGUCGUUGGCCCUAGGGAGGUGGAGUCUGGGACUCUCAAUGUGCGCACGAGGAAGGGCGGCGAGCUUGGAGCUCUUUCUGUGGACGAAGUGGCAAGAAAGAUUGAAGAAGCGGCCUUUUGGCAGAUCUCGCCAUAUGCGUACUCCGCCAUUGGCAUCGCCAUUUCCAUCGGCGUUUCCGUCCUGGGUGCAGCAUGGGGGAUCUUGAUUACAGGAAGCAGUCUAAUAGGCGCUGCUAUUAAAGCUCCGCGGAUCACGUCUAAGAACCUCAUCAGUGUUAUUUUCUGUGAAGCUGUGGCGAUAUACGGCGUUAUUGUCGCGAUCAUUCUGCAAACGAAGCUUGAAUCCGUCGGCAAGGCCAGAUUGCACUCGCCUGAAGCGCUCCGCUCUGGUUAUGCCAUCUUCAACUCAGGAAUCAUCGUGGUGCGCUCGGGCUGUUCGGGGUCAUCGUUGGGAUUAUCCUAUCGUCUCAAGCAACAUGGGCUUGAAGCGUUUCCUCCACGCUCUUCAGAUCUCAUUGAACCAUCAGUUGUGGGACCAACUGAUAAGAAGGAUGUGCUAUGCUAA